CGAUUUUGGAGGAUAAUCAAAGGAAUCAUUGUCUAUUUAUAAUAUCUAAUCAAUUAAUAAUGGAUCUGUUCAGUGAUGAAAGUGAUAAUGAAAUGUUUGAAGCUGGAGUAUUUGAUUCAGACAGUAUUGUUGGUUCAAAAGACCACCAAAAUUAUGCGCGCAUUAAUCAUAUGAGUCUCCUUUCUGAAAAAGAAUUUAUAUUCAGAUUCAGAUUAAAUAAAACGUUGGUAAACGAGUUAUUAAUAAAAAUAAUGCCAGAUUUGAGAGUACAUUCUUCCCGGAAUAAUGGCGUAUCGCCAUUACACCAAUUAUUGCUGACACUGAGGUUCUAUGCAUUGGGAACAAUGCUGGUAUCGGUAGCCGACUUCAUUGGGGUAUCAAAAACAUCAGCUAGCAGGAUUGUGUCAGAUGUCUCUCGAGCCAUAGCUGGUUUAUAUCCUCAAUAUGUAAGGAUCUUAGAAAACACACAAAAUGGUUUCUAUGAAAUAGCAGGAUUCCCAAGGAUACUGGGUGCAAUUGACUGCACACAUGUCCCUAUACAGUCACCUGACUUAAAUACAGGAGAAGAAUAUAGAAAUAGGAAAGGGAUAUUUUCUAUUAAUGUUCAAGGAGUAUGCAAUGCAGACUUAUUAUUAAUGAAUGUUGUUGCUCGAUGGCCCGGGUCUUCUCACGAUGCUACUGUAUUUAACAACUCGGUGUUAAAAAUGCAGUGUGAAGAAGGGUUGUUUGGCAAUAGGUGGCUUAUUGGGGACAGUGCAUAUCCUUGCACUUCAUACCUUUUAACACCAUUGCUCAAUCCUACAUCUCCUCCAGAGCAUCGAUAUAAUGAAGCACAUAUAAAGACUAGAAAUACUAUAGAGAGAUGUUUUGGAGUUUGGAAAAGACGGUUCCCAGUACUGUCUUUGAAAAUCCGAUUGUCUUUACACACCACCCAAGCUAUCAUUGUUGCUACUUCAGUUCUACACAACAUUUGUAGAAUACAUAACAUCAGUGAUGUUGAACCUGAAGUUGAGGUGCCACCUGAAUCGGUUUAUGAUGACGGUGCUGAAGGACCCAAUGGUCAGCAGAAUCAUCUAGCACGACAUGAACUAAUUAAUAAUUAUUUUACGGUUUAAAUUUUUGAAUAAAAAGUAGUUUAUA